CUCUCUGGGAGUGUGUGGGCGGUGUUACAGACAGUUUGGUUCUCAGUAGAUCACGGCCUGGGCGUCGGCACUUCACUCCCAGCUGCUGCGUAGGAAACAAAACACAAAAAAACACCUCUUCACCCAGAGAACUCGGAGGUGUCUCUUACAUAAACUUUAUAUAAAACAUAAAAAAAAAUGCAUUCAGUCACGCUGGACAGCAGUGGUUCGCCAAGGAAGCGGACGUUUUCUCGGGGACUGAGCGAGGAUGAGUCUCUCCGCAGCAUAAUAAAGGAGACCGAGAGUUCAUCACGGCGUCUGACACGGAGUGACAGCCGAGCAGGCACCCUGAAGAGGAGGAGUGACAGUCAGCAGUCCGACCAAGAUCUCUACAUGGGACUCCCAGAAAUGCUGGAGCUGCAAACCAGCUAUGACGAGGUGGUGCAGGAGCUGCGUGGGCUGGAGGUCGAGAGAGACACUCUGUUUUUCCAGGUGGACGUCCUGCAGGACACGCUGGAGGGUGUAGAAGAGCUGCUGGCCGAGGCCCAGAGGGAAGCUGGACAGGCCAGUUUGGAGUUGGAACGAGAAAGGGAGGCCAAGCAGAAACUGCAGCACAUGGUCUGCUCGCUGAUGCAAGAAGUGGAGAGAUUAAAAGAGGAGAGGAAUAACCAACCCUCUGCUCCAGUGAACACUCAUGGAAGUGUGGACGAGGUAACAAGACAGGGACACCAAAUGAAAAAUGAUGCGAAAGACUCCUCGCUGCAUGAGCCUCACAGCAGUGAAAGAGUGCCAGAGGAAGUGGGACAAAGCGAAGAGGCGGAGGAUGAAGGAAGCGUCCUGACCAAGCUGCGGAGAAUGGUCAGUAAGCCCCUGGCCCACGUACCCACUCUUGCAGUGAACAACCCAUUCUCUGAAGACGGAGUCAUUCAGAGGCCUUUCGAAAACGGCGUAGAGGACGGACGAGACGACACGGACAGCAUAAGUGCCUACGAGGACGCGUGUGCCGAUACUCCGGAGCAGGACAGGAUGUUUCCAGGUGAAGCAGACACUUCGGAGCUGCCUGACGAUUCAGAGACAAGUUCUACUAACAACGACGGGGAGACCCAGGACCCCAAAAACCCCGAAGCUUGUGUUGUGUCUUAAUCUGUUUCAGCUACUACUGGGCAAAAGGUCAAAGAUUAUUGAUUAAUCGUCAUUUGGUCUAAUUGAACAGCUCUUUGUUUGCAGUUUACCCACAUCUGAUAUUUAGGCCAACAGUAACAUCUAGAGUUGUAAUUAAGAAGUAAAAAACUAAUCUGCAACUGUUUUGACAAUCGAUAAGUCGUUUCAGUAAUUUUUCAGUCGUUGCUGAUUUUAAGGCUUCUCUUGCUGCUUUUCUUUGUCGUAAAUAGUCAAAGAAAUGUUUUUGGGAUUUGGACAGCUGGUGGGAAGUUGAACACUUAAAUGUUGGCUCUGGGAAAUUGUGAUAAUCAUUUUUCACUAUUUUUUGUCAUUUUAUAGCUAAAUUAAUAAUGGAUUAAUCUGCAGCUCGAUUUGAUAAUAAAAAUAAUGGUUAGUUGCAGCUCUAGUUGUAAUACACUGUAGUACACUUAAUUGUACGUUUCAGUUUUACAUUCAAAACAAGGUAACUCAGGAUCCAGGUGGUUUACCAGCUGGAAUUCCACUUACGACUACUACUUAAUAUUAUUUGCCAAUAAUUUCUUUUUAAUAUCUGUCUCAACUUCUUUUUUGUGAUUUGUGGAUAGACAUGGAAACUAGUCCAUGCUGCUUUGAACGUUUACCUCUUAUAUAAGGUUUCUUAUAAGGUUUGUUUUUAUAUUAACAGCUGCCAGGACACACAUCAGGAUUUACCUGUAGACAAAACACAGUGAGCUCUGUGAGUAUCUGGACAGGGACUGUUGAUGUUUUGGAUCAUAUUAGAAGUCAGGUUUUAAGAAGAGCUGUCUGAAUUUUUUAGACACUUGAAGCUGUUAAAUGAAUUUAAGAUAUCUGGUGUGGCUGCAGAGAACACUUUAGAGGAGGUUUAGGACAUGUUUGGCCCUGAGAGGCAAGUCAGCAUCUAUUUUCAAAGCCUGAUCUUAAAGGUCUUCUCUUCUGUAUUUAUGACUUUGGAACUGGUGGGAAAAAAACUAUACUACUACUAUAAUACUUUUACGUUUUCUUGUUGCUCAUUUCAGCCACAGGAGACUGAGGUUCACUAGCCAGUAGUAUAUAAGUAUUUAUGUUUGAAUUUGGUAUGCAUGGAUAAAUUAAUACUCA